GGAAGAAAGGGAAGCCACACUCGCAUACAACAAAAUGGUGUCUGUAUCUCUGAAACUUUGCUUCCUUCUCCUAGUCCUUGGCCUUCCUUAUUUCAGCACAGCUACCUCAUGGAUGAGCCGUUCACACACAUCGUGCAAUGCUUCGAUAGCAGAGUGUGACGGAGAAGGCGAGUUGCUGAUGGAGUCGGAGAUAAGCCGGAGGUUUCUUGGAACCAAGAAAUACAUCUCACCUGGGGCUUUAAAGCCGGACCAGCCAAUUUGCAAUAGCGGCGGUAAAGGCGAAGCUUAUAGCAAAACAGGGGGCUGCCUUCCUCCUCCAUCUAACCCUCACAACAGAGGCUGCUCUAAGUACUAUCGUUGUCGAUCAGACUCGUGAUCACACGUGCAAGUUUGGAUUUCUAUUUGGUUUUGACAAUCCUAUAUAUUUGCAGUACACUUGAAGCUAUAUAGCUGUUGCUCUUGAAUUUUCAGUGACUGAUGUCUUUGGUUGCUUCAAUUGUCAAAUAAACUCAUGCAUAAUUUUAAGAUCAAAGCCUCAGAUGCAGCACACUCCUCACAGGGUUUUGUAUCAAUCGACUUUUUCUAUUUCGCUAACAUCCAAUUUUCUAAAGAUGAUCGCCUUAUGCUGAGAUAGGGUCAGGAAAAAUUUUCAUCUUUACUUUCUGAAGAUAUAUAUGUGGUUGAUGUGGCAUUUACAAUUGAGUCCUUAUAAGAGGAACUCCUCCUUAGUUUUAAGGACUUGGG